CACGGUAAGCUCUGCACACUUUUGCAAAGUGAUUCCAUUUACCACAUUUAGUACACUGUUUGCCUUUAGCUGGGCAAUUUCCUUGUUCGCCAUGCACUUUGUAUCCACAAUAUCCACUGACCAUCUCAUCCUUGUUUGCAUAAUCACAGUCUUUCACAAGCAGACGCAGCUCUGUCACAAACUGUUCAAAAGACUCGCUAGCUCCCUGUACUUUCUCAUGGAAUUUGUACCUAGCGAAUAUCGUAUUGGUCUUCGGCACAACAUAUGCUUCAAAACGAUCGUAGUAUGUUUUCAGUACCUUUGAUUCAGCCUCAGUAAGUGUCCAUGUGUUGUAAAUAUCUCUCCCUUUUUCACCGAUCCAGAGGAGCAGGUAGCUGCACUUUUCCUCUUCUCCUCUUUCCUUCAGAGGACCCGUGAACAUCAGCUCCACAUGCUGUUUGUACUUACGCCAUGCAUCGGAUGUUGUGGAGUAAAGCCUUCUGCCGCUGCCCUGUGCUCGUCCUGAGCUUGUGGUUCUGUGUGGAAGCAGUGCCCAUCGCUGUGGACAAGACUAAAGUGGAAACCCCAGAGCAGAAACUAGAGGCGCCACAGAGUGUGGACACAGGGCUUCACUAUGACCGCUACCUCAGGGAAGUCAUUGAUUUCCUGGAGAAGGACCAGCAUUUCAGAGAGAAGCUCCACAACACAGACAUGGAGGACAUUAAGCAAGGCAAGCUGGCCAAAGAGCUGGACUUUGUCGGCCAUCACGUGAGGACCAAACUUGACGAGUUGAAGAGGCAGGAGGUGAACAGGCUACGGACACUCAUCAAAGCUAAACAAGACGUUGAGGGAGGGCAUGAAAUGAACCACAAGGCGCUGCUCAUGCAGUUUGAGUACAUGAACCACAUGAACCCACACACCUUUGAAGUGGAGGACCUGGAUAAGCUUAUUAAAUCGGCUACCAGUGACCUGGAAAACUAUGACAAGGAUCGGCACGAGGAGUUUAAGAGGUACGAGAUGAUGAAGGAGCACAAGAGGAAGGAGCACCUGAAGAACCUCGACGAGGAGCAACGCAAGGACGAGGAACAGCACUACGAAGAGCUGAGGAAGAAACACGCAAACCAUCCCAAAAUCAACCACCCUGGCAGUCAGGACCAGCUGAAAGAGGUCUGGAAAGAGUCUGACGGUUUGGACCCAGAUGACUUUGACCCCAAGACCUUCUUCAAGCUCCACGACACCAACGGAGAUGGCUACAUUGAUCAACAGGAGCUUGAAGCCCUGUUCACUAAAGAGCUAGAGAAGAUGUACAGCCCUAAUCUUGAAGAGGAUGACAUGACAGAGAUGGAGGAGGAGAGACUGCGCAUGAGGGAACACGUCAUGAAUGAGGUGGACACCAACAAGGAUAGACUGGUCUCCCUGGAUGAGUUCCUGAUGUCCACAAACAAGAAAGAGUUCCAAGAGCCAGACAGCUGGGAAACUCUGGAGCAGGCCCCAGCCUACACGGACGAGGAGAUGAAGUUGUUUGAGGAGCAGCUGGCCCAGGAGGAGAGCAACCUCAACCAGAAGAACGUAGAGCUGCAGAAACAGAAAGAGGAGCUGGAACGGCAGCAGGAGCAACUCAACGCCCAGAAAGCCGAGCUGCAGCAGGCGGUGGAACAAAUGCAGAUAAUAAAAUUUGAAAAAGCAAAUGCGGCCGUUGAGGUCAAAGAUGGAGCUACAGUAGCAGUGCCCCCUGGAGGUCAAGCAUUGCCAGUACUACCAGGAGACAGCCAACCUCUACCCCCUAGUCACCAGCAAGACUUACCUGCACACUCUUAGCAGGCCCGGCAAACUUUUUCUGUGUGUGUUUGUACAUGUGUGUGUGGGCUCAUGUGUGUUUUCGUGUGCAUCGGUGUGUAAAUUAAUCUUGCAACAAAUCCAUUUGAGUUAGUUUUAAUGUGUUGUCGGCGCUCUACGGUCCCACAAUAUACCCGGAUGCACACAUACAGUCCAACAAUUUCCCGAGACCAGCUAAACCAAUCAGAAUGAAGCCUUGGAUUUUGACCCACUUCCAAACGUUGCAUUCCGGAGCUGGCAGGAACAGCCAGCACAACCAACGAGACUUGAAAUAAUUGCUGAACCAGGCAUUUUGUGGACAAUCCACUCUUUGUUAUUAGUUAUUUUCCCUCUUGACACAACCAGCUCAUGGUUCGAUAUGGGAAUUCAUUUGGGAUGAUUGAGAAGAGGUUUUGUUCCUGAAUACGUGCAAUGUUUUGUUUUCUACCAAGUUAGGCAUGCUACCCAGUGGGAUUAUUUCUGUGGUGAAAGAUUUGUUUAAAAUACAAAAGACAUUUUGGUUAAAUAGUUUACGGAGGUGGGUCAAAUGAAUGUCAAUUUUGAUAUGCUGCUGGAUAGAAUGCUGUCAUGAUAAAAUGUAUAACUUACCUGGAGAUGGUUUACUGUGAUAGCCUUGCUGAUUCAUUCCUGAUAUUAAUAAUUACCCAUACAGAUACAUUAAGAAGGUACUGUAGUAAUUUAAUAUUGGCCGAAAGAAUGUUUAAAUGCCACAAACUGCCAAUUGUUUUCGUGUAACAAAAAUGCCCCAUUGAUGUUGAAUGUUGUAAAUUGUUUCAUUGUGGUUGAUAGGGACAAUAGUGAUAAAAAGGAGUCUUGAAUGUAUGURAUUUA